AUGCUGGCCCGUAAAGGCCUCCUGCCGGACGGGUUCCUGCUGACCCGGCUCGCUGAGGACCAGAACCAGCCGAACCGGAUCCGGUCCAGAGCCCAGAAAGCCCGGUUCAUCACCAAGACCGGGUCCUGCAACGUGGCCCACAAGAACAUCAGAGAGCAGGGUCGCUUCCUGCAGGAUGUCUUCACCACCAUGGUGGACCUGAAGUGGCAUUACUCCCUCCUCAUCUUCACCUCCUCCUUCCUCUGCUCCUGGAUGCUGUUCGCUAUGAUCUGGUGGCUCCUGGCCUUCGCUCACGGAGACCUGCAGCCCCGAGACCCCGAGGAGCCCGGCCGGGUCCCCUGCGUCACCGCCAUCCACUCCUUCACCUCCGCCUUCCUCUUCUCCAUCGAGGUCCAGGUGACCAUCGGGUUCGGGGGCCGGAUGGUGACGGAGGAGUGUCCUCUGGCCAUCACGGUGCUGAUCGUGCAGAACAUUCUGGGUCUGAUCAUCAACGCCGUGAUGCUCGGCUGCGUGUUCAUGAAGACGGCUCAGGCCAACCGCCGCGCCGAGACGCUCAUCUUCUCCAGGAACGCCGUCAUCGCGCCUCGGAACGGCCGGCCCACCUUCAUGUUCCGGGUCGGAGACCUGAGGAAGAGUAUGAUCAUCUCUGCCACCGUGCAGCUGCAGGUGAUCCGGCGCACGGUGACGGCGGAGGGCGAGGUGAUCCCCGUCUGCCAGCUGGACAUCCAGGUGGAGAAUCCUCUGAGGAGUAACGGCAUCUUCCUGGUGUCUCCUCUGAUCAUCAGCCACACCAUGGAGAGAGGAAGUCCUCUGUACGAGCUGUCGGCCCACUCGCUGGCCUCCGAGGACCUGGAGAUCCUCGUCAUCCUGGAAGGCGUGGUGGAGACGACGGGGAUCACGAUGCAGGCCCGGACCUCGUACACCCCGGAGGAGAUCCUGUGGGGCCGGCGCUUCGUGUCCGUGCUCACCGAGGAGGACGGACGCUACUGCGUCGACUACUCCAAGUUCGGCAACACGGUCCCGGUCCGGAUGCCCUCGCUCAGCGCCAAGGAGCUGGACCAGACCCGGGGGGUGCAGGACGGGGGGGGGGGCGACUCCCACCCGCAGGGCUGGGGGCUGGUCCGGGCCGGGAGGGGGGGGUUCAGGAGGAGGGGGGGCCGGACCUGCGGGGGCGCCGCCGCCCAGCCGUGGUACGACCAAUCAGAGACGAGCGACGAGCAGGAAGGACAGAAGAAGAAAGUUCAGCUGGAGGUGAUUGGACGACAGGAGGAGGGGCUAGGAGACACCAGCCAAUGA